AUGGGGUAUUUUUGUCGUUUAUUAUUUUUAGAUUUGCUUUCUGGACCCGAAUCUGGUCUCCUAGGUCCCACUGACUCUUCUUCUGUCUCCAUUGUCCAUCAAGAACACCAGCAUAUAAACCAAGCUCGUCAAGCAUCUGUUAGGCCUAAUUCGAACCCAAGUCCUAGUCCGGAAGCCAAAAUAAGCAUCUGGCCAUCCGACUGGGAUGGCCUCCCACUCCACGUUGAUCGGGUCACGGCGCGUCUACACGCCCGUCGACGCAAAGAGCAGCGCGAACAACGUCGUCAAUUGACUAGACAAGAGGAGCUUGUAGCUGAGUUGAAGCGGCGCACUGAGCAACUGGCUCUGCUCACUGAAGAGGCCAGGAGACUUGAAGAAGAGUUGAAGCUUUCGCGACAGAUUCAUUUUCAGCAGCACAAAAUACAGCAAAUUUUACCUUUACCGACAUUUCAGCAACAGCAACUUCGUCUGCAAUCGCAUUUACUUCAUUCUGCACUUUCUGGUUUCGAUCCAGAGAACAUGGUAAUUUAG